AAAAUGUUAAAAUGUGAUUGAAUCGUCGCCAGCAAGAAAAAAACACACAAAACAACAGCAACUGCAUUGUUCGUGGUGCGAAGAUCGUCCAUCAGAAGUAGGCUUGUGUAUGGGAAACGUUGGUAUUGGGGCUAAAAAACUGCAAAGUGAAAUGCUCCUUUGCAAAUCACUGCCUGACAGUCAACAUGGCGUACCAGUCUCCACUGCUCAAGGGAAAGAAACUGAUAGAUGUCAUUCAGAAUGGGAACAGCUGGCAGGUGGAGAAACUGUUACGACAUGGGGCUAACCCUAACCAGCUACAGCCUGAGGGUAUUACUCCCUUCCACUAUGCUGUGGGACAGCAAGAUUCCAAGAAUCCCGAACUGACCAGAUUAUUUCUGGAAUAUGGGGCAGAUCCCAAUGUCAGAUCCACCCAGGGCAUGACACCCCUCCACGUAGCUGCCACAUGGGGUAAUCUGGACUGUCUGCGAUUACUCCUGCUCAAUGGAGGAGACCCGGCGCUGAAAGACGAGGAUGACAUGGAUUGUUUCGACCUGGCGAGUCAGUAUGACAACAAGGAUUGUGUGGAGUUGUUACUGGACUUUAUGACUGAGACACCUGAGGAUGGCUGCUGCAGGUACACUAUUGUACCGUAUGAUGAAAAAGAGUGUUUAUCAUUUUUGUUAGAAGAGGAAUCUCCGUUUAAGCCUGAUGAGAGGACGAUCAUCAAACCUCGACACAGAAACACAUCCAUGUAUACACAGGAUAUUAACAAUCUGCUCUCUAGUUACCUGCUCGAUGAGGAAUGUGCCAAGGACAUGAUCUUUGAUGUGACCUCGCCUAGCCACCCCUACAUUGAGACCAGGAAAGGCGCUAAAGAGAGAGCCACAGAUGAACAUUUACCACAGUACAGGUCAGAUAAAAGUGCGGAUAUCACCGACAGCAGUGAAGAUUCAUUUGUUACCUGCACUAGCCAGAACCUUGAAAACAAUACUUACAGUGGGGGUGAUGGGCAAAGCCAAUCUAAACAAAAUCAUAGCCCCAAAAAAUCGUAUCGAGUUUCAUCUCUGAAGUUCUCCCCCUUAACGACCUCUUUGCCAUCGGUGUCAGUGAUAGCAGAGAAAAGCCUUGACUGCAGAGACAGUUUGAAGAAGUCAAGCUCAAAUAUUUCCCAUGAUGCUAGUGGAUUUUAUGCUGCACAUAUGUGUGAGAAUGUGUCAUCAACAAGCUGUGUGACGUGCGGUAUUAAUCGAGAUUUGGAUAUGAAUAACUCUUGUGAUUUAUCUCAGUCACAGCAACAGUGUGUCUCUAGCUAUGAUUGCUGGGCAACUGGGAAAAGUCAUUGCUCUCAGUUGAGAUCAUCCCGUUCUCAGGGUGUAGAAGAGCAAAGCAGACAGCAGGAUACAGCCUGUCAGCAUCGCUUUACGAGAGAUGAGUAUGCUGAAGCGUUUCUCGAAAAACAGUUCACUGGAAUUUCUCUCCAAGAUGAAGUACCCUCUCCAAAACUGUGCUCUGAGCUAGAACAGAAUACUCAAAGUGGUAAACCAGUGAAGCCAAACAAUCCCAUCCAUCCUGAUUCCAACGAACUUGGCUUACCAGAUUCUGAUGAUACCUCUUCACUAUUCAGUCAUAUCAGCGUUCUGCCUCCAGACUUGCAUUGUAACUCUUCCGCCACUCAUCACAAAAGUACUUUAUCGUCUUGCCAUCAUCAAAGGGGAGAUAACUCUUCUAUACCUGGUGAAGAGGACUCUCUUGCUGACUUUAUUCCAGAUGAAUUUAAUUUGUCUGAUUUGACCAUAAACACCAACAACAGUCACAAGUCGGGUUCUGGCAGACAUCCUGGGCAGUUUUGUCACCGGAACAGAGAACGUUGUUCUCUGGAAUCUGCUGUCAGUUCUACUUCGACCAUAAACUAUGUGUACUCAGACCCAGAGGAAGGCAUCACCCUGAUUGAGCGGCAUGGCCCUUCCUCCAUACACAGUGGCAGAACCAGCCUGGAGAGUGGGCUUAGCUCACAGACACAAGAUCUACAGGAUUCGGACAAUGACACAGUGCUGUAUUCCUGGGAGGACUAUUUGCAGAUAACUCCGAAUGGCUGCAGACACUCUCCACGGGGGCCUGGACAGACAAACACCCCAGACCAUAGUGAGGAUUCAGAAGCAACCCUUGUUUUGACGACGUCCUCAUUAUCAGAUUGUAAGGUGAUUGGGGACGCGACCCCUGACAUCCCUGCUGUCCUGAAGAGGCUGAGUAAUGUGGAGUUGAAGAAACGGUUGGUGAGCCUGGGGGAUGAACCUGGGCCUGUUACCCCUUCCACACGGCAGACAUACCUGAUCAGGCUUAUGGACCUGCAGAACAACCCUGACCUCAGCCGGCUGGCUCUGACGACUGACAAACCAGGGUACUCCUCAGAACUGAGGCAUGCACUGAGUGGAAUGUUUUCCUAUGCUGGACUGGAAGAGACAGAGACCCGAAUGGUGGAACCUUUCCAGAGGCCGCGAGCUGACAGGAAGUGGAGGGAGGGCGUGCUGAAGUCCUCCUUUAACUAUCUGCUGCUUGACCCCAGGGUUGCCCAGAAUCUUCCCACUAGGGCACAGAUCCUGGGGGAUCUGGAAACCUUCAAGAUUUUCAUAUCUGCCAUCUUUUAUAUUGGGAAAGGGAAAAGAUCUCGGCCUUACUGUCACUUGUAUGAAGCCAUAAAACACAGGAAAUCACCACAGAUUAAGAAGCCCAGUGAGAAGGUACAGAAGAUUCUUGAUGUCUGGUCUGAGGGGCUGGGAGUUAUCUCCCUUCAUAUAUUCCAAAACGUCAUUCCAGUAGAGGCUUAUACCAGAGAGGCUUGUAUGGUGGAUGCCAUGGGGUUGAACAACUUGACCAAUAAGAAAAGAGGGGACUAUUAUGGGCCGUCAUCGACGUGGCCAGCCAAUCAGAGGCGGAAGGUUGGCGUGCAUUUGUUGAAGAAAGCCCUUUGUAUUUUUCUGGCUGAGGGAGAGAGACAAAUCUGCCCACCUGACAUCGGUGUUGGGCAGUAGGCUAUAUAUAUGUUAUAUAUGUAGUAGUUAGUG